AUGAGUGCUGUGACGUCGGACGAAUACAUGCCCAAGAUCCCCUGGGUCGGCUUCACCUCGUUCGUCCGCUCAGAGGCGUUCAUGAGCAUGGCGAACGAGACGGACUGGGAUGCGGUCAUGGCGGGCGACGCAGAUGCGAUCGAGGAGUUGAUGGUGGAGAUGGCGGUGGCGAUUGGCGCAUUGACCGACAACGAUCUUGAAGGUCCAGCACCUCGAGCAGACGAUGGCGCCGACGUCGCAAUGCUCGACGCCGAGGGAUCUGGGGACGGAGGCGGAGCAGCAGGAGAAGGACCCGAGGACGAAGCAGGCGACGUCGUGAUGGAGGAGGGCGACGCAGCGGGAGGAGCAGUCGACCAGGGCGGGCCAGCAUCCGAGGCGGACGGAGCGCAGGAUGGCGACGAGCAGAACGCACCUCCUCCGGCGCCCGACCAGCGUCGACCUACGCCGAAAGAACAGCGGCUGCGCUGGUUCAACGACAUCUUCAGCAUUGACCAGCUCGUCAAGGUCAUGAAGAUCAGCCGCGGCGACGACGACGUCCCGCUCGGGAGCAAGAAGGAGGCGUACCGCCAGCUAGUCGACGAGCUCAAGGGCAACAUGAAGCAGGCGAAGGCCGAUGCCAAGGUCGGGCGCCCCAACCUUCAUCUCCCGUUCGGCGAACCUCCAAAGAGGCCUGACUGGAUGCCGGCGCGACGUCGACCCGGCAAGAAGGAGCGCCCGCCUCGCCUCGAGGACGUUCCUUGGCUCUCCGAGGAGACCUGGGCACGCCUCAAAGCAACGACUGGCGGCACGCCUGAUCCCGAAUUGGACAAGCCAGAUCUGCGCCUCUCGCGUCUGCCCUUCCGCCCGCGCAUCCAAAUCACCCGGCCGGGGCCGCCUCCGUCGAACAUCGUCGCGGACGCUAUCAAUAUUGCCACCGAGCUGCACGCCCGCCUCUCCCGCGACCCGUCCCUCAUUCCUCAGAAGGCCAGUCUGAAGGGCGACGACAAAGGCGAGACGGCAGACACGACGAAGAAGAAGAAGGGAAAGGGGAAAGCGGGCGAGGUCGUCGAGCAGAUCCAGGUCAAGGGGAUCAAGGAGCUUCGGUGGGUCGCCCGGCAGGAGGCGGCGAAGCUCGAAGGCGAGGAAGAUGACGAGGGCGGCGGCGGAUCGUCGUCGAAGAAGUCAGGUCUGAAGCACAGUGGCCGCCUCUCGACCAUCCAAAAGCCGUUCGACAGCGCGUUCAACACUUUCGCGGUUCGAGCUUCGGCCGUCGAGGAAAGCGGGCUCGCAGAUGAAGAGUCGGACGAGGCGACAGACGGUUCUGGCUCAGACGACUCGUUCCUCUACAUCGGCUCUCCUUGGCGCGACCUCAUCGAAGUCCGCCUGCUCCACCACCAACUCGAAUGGCUCGUACUAGUCGACGUGCUGAACGGCCUCCUCGAACGCGCCACCAGCCUCUCUCCCUUGCACUCCUUCGUCCGCCGAUUCUACGCCACAAACGCCUCUGACAACUGGCGUCAGACGUUUGGGCAACUCGCCCGUCUCAUCGUCAAACUGCAGGAGGGUCGGUCGGCCACGCCCAGCGCUUGCGAUGCCGACGACAUUGCAGACGCAACGUGGACGGAGCUGUGGCAAACGACGACCGGUAGCUCGACCAAGCCGUCGCCGGACGACCUCGACCGCCUCAAGACCAAGUAUGGCGACCUCUCGGCUCACGACGUCCAAGCAUGCGCGAAGGAGAAGCUCCCGCUCUUCGCCAUCGACGUGAUUCGCGACGUCGACUCGCACCUACAGAUCAAGCUCGCCCCCGGCAUAACGAUCCUCUUCUACGAGCAGACCGCGAAAACGAUCGCGGUCAACUUUGCGACACGCUCACGCAAACGAGUGCCUACGGUUGUCGCAAACGUUGCGGCUUUCCUGAGCGAGGACAUCAUCGCCAGACUGCCGGCUUUCGUCGACGGUCUCGCCACGAAAAUCGGCAUCGACGUGGGCACGACCUCGCUCCACGCCGAGUCCUUUGAUGCACCUGUCCAGGCGCUGGCCCGAGACAUCUCCUCGAAGCAGGCGAUGAGGGCGCGCAACAUCCUGCGGCUCCGCCUCGAGACGCUCAUCUCGACGCUCCCGCUCAAGUUCGACGCCAAGUCCUCAUGGUCGAGAGGCACAAUUGAGAUGCUCGCAAAGGCUCUCUCGCCAGUCGACCAGAACUUCCGUCCGCCGAGGAAGGGCCAGCCGCUCGUUGCGACGGACACGGCAAUCGACCUCGCCUCGUCAAUCGUUACCGAGCUCGGCCGUUUCUCAUCGCUCAUCACGAAGUACCUCGCGCUCGUCAACUCGACAGCCAAAGCGAACCCGACGGCAACGCUCGCCAGUCUGGCAGGAGGGCGAGCCGGCGGUGGACUGAGCAUUACCGACCUCACACUCGUUCAGGUUGCGUGGGAGCAACAGUUGGGCCAGACCCCGAAGAUUCGAUACCGCGGAACAUCGCUAGUUCUCCCGCCGACGAUGCUCGCCUACCACCUCAUCAAGCACGACACAAUCGUCACGACCACCCUCGGCAAUGUCAACUCGCUCGUUGCCCGCUGCAACGAGGCGGUCCACGGACUCGAGGUGAGAGAGUCGGCUCAGCCGCCGCGCAAAGAUCCUCUGUCAGCGGCACCCUUGGCAGACAACAAGCAGCGACCGUCGCACAAGGCUGCGCCUUCUGCCAUGACGAUCCUUCACGCUCGCGCACGCGACUAUCCCAACCAGCUCCUCCUCGAGCACGCCCACUCGCUCCAUCUUUUCCAGGUCGACACAAGGUCGACGGGCGACUGCAAGAUCCCUCGCCUCGUCCUCGACACCGAGCGCAUGCGCGCGCUCGAGGUCUUCUGCAAGUCCGCCCUCGCCAUCGGGCCAAAAACGAAGUGGGCAGCCUCGAUCUGGGACAAGUGCCCCCUCGCCGCCGUCCCCUUCCUCUACGCCGCUCCCUCGCCAAGCAAGUCCGGCCUCCUCGUCCACAGCCAGACAACGGUGACACGCCACGCCGUCAGCUUCCUCAUGCUCAACCCGAACGAGAUCAAGGACGCUACGCCCUGGCAGGUCAGCCAGAGCCCGCGAGCGAUGCUCGAGUCUACAUGGAGAGGAGGAGGCAAGCACUCUAAGCUCCUCUCGAAUUGGGCAGAAACUGGUGCCUGCCGGGCAUUCCUCGAAGCAUCCGCGGCUUCGCCCAUCCAGCCCUGCGUCUACGCCAGGGACGCGAUCUGGUCACCGUGCACGACUCUCGUCGACGGUAUCCUCCCCAUCCGGCUCAAGGGGACGAAGGUCGUCCUCACGGACGACGGCGAGGACGGGGGCGCGGACGACCGCGCGGACGACGACGCGCACGGCGGCGUCUUCGGCAAGCGCAAGGUGGACGCGCCUCGAGGGCGAGGGCGAACUGACGCCAAGAGCACACCCUCGGCAACUUCGCACAUCUCGUCCGCCCUCGACACGUUCUUCCCGUCACGAUUCUCGCUCACGGCGCCUGCCAACGCCUCGACGGACUCCGAUGGCAACGACCAGUCCGAGUCUCGGCCGGAAAUGUUCAAGAUUGCGGAGAACACCAUCUUCGUACCCAUCGACGUCGGCGAACGCAACACCGUCAGCGCCGCCAUCAUCAGCGCCGCCUUUGAGGAGAUCUUCCACGUCGAGAUCGGGAACCACCAAUUCAAGGCCGCGAACAAGCAGCAGGCCGAGACCUCGGCGCGGAUCUUGCGCGAGUCUGGUCUAGCAGCUGUGCGGGAUGCCAUUCGCGCGAACGGAGGAGACGGAACCGACAACGACCUCCUCUCGCUCCUCGACACGCUCUCCGACUGCAAUCCCAAGACGCUCGCGCUCAACUGGGAGCAGCGCCAGAAAUUCAAUGACCGCGUCCGACGCCUCACGCACGCCAUCGCCGCCCUCGUCGACCUUAUCAGCCGCGACGCCGCGAAACCCGAGAUUGAAGAGCGCAACAUUGUCGUCUUCAUCGGACCAAAGCUCGGCCAGCGCUCGUCGUCAGCGAGCGGAGCCGACCGGCGCGAGCAGGUCAGCGGCUCGCUCAUCACUGCGCUUCGCGCGCUUCGCGGGACGGACGACAACCUUCGAGUCGCAGUCCUCGAAGCGAGUGAGUUCAGGACAUCGUUCACCUGCCCGUCGUGCCGAAUCGAGCGUUUCGAUCAGCACAAGAAGGAGAAGAUCGCCUACGCCGCCGACCUCACAACCGGCUUCGACGUCUUCCGGGUCCUCCAGUGCGGCCACUGCAAGCGCGUCUUCAACCGCGACUGGCUCGGCGCUAUCAACAUCGGUAUCGUCGGUAUUGUGAGCGCGGCGUUCAGCGGCUUGAAGGUGCAGGUGUUCUCGGAUUGGGUUGAGGGUGUGUUUGGUUGGGGGAGGACGAAGAAGCGGGGGCGGAAGUAG